UGCAAUUUCCCUAAAUUCUAUUGUUGGAUCAUAUAAGGGCGGGUGUAUCACUGAUCAACGGUGGACUUGGUCGUUGCAGCGGCGCCGGUGUAAAUUUGCAGUUCCAGCAUAAACAUAGACACUCGCCGUAGUUCAGAACGGUGAACAUCCACCGGAAAGUUUACCGGCCAGAAAUCCGAGCCCUCAGGCUUCAGCGCUCCAGCGGCGACCCUCUUUGAAUUUCUCGGUCUCUGUUCUUCUCCAAUUAACAGAAUCGAUUAGGUUUUUCCUCUUAGGCUAGUAGAAUUUAUGCAAAACCUAGGGUUUUUUCCUCUUCUGAUGAUGCGGUUUUGAUUUCUUUCAGCCCUACUGCAAUGGAUGACGACGCUACGAAUUCAUUUCGACGCAUGUCCAGCCGCACUCGGAAGGUUGCUCCUAAGAUGGUGGCUGCCCUAGCAAGCAGUGACAACCGCACUCAGGCAGCUCUUGCUCGUCUCGAGGCAUUGGAAAAUGACAAUGCGGGAAUGGAAUUGGUAGAAAAUAUUGACGACGAGGAUGCCUCUCUCGAUGAUGACGAUCUAGCAUACAUACAGAAGCGGCAAUCGAAGGGCACUAAGCGCAAAACUAGACAGGCAAAAGCACUUGAAGCUAAGAAGGCUCCUAAAACUUUCAUGGAGCUUUUGCACGAGGCAAAUUUGGAGUCUCUGCCUCCUUAUGUUCCAUCAUACUUAAAGGCAGCUGUUGGACCUCCAAGCUCGUCAUCCCGCCGCCAUUUUUGCACCGUCUGUGGAUUUGCUGCUACAUAUACCUGCAUAAGGUGUGGAAUGCGCUUUUGUUCAUGUCGUUGCCAGAAUAUACACAAUGAUACUCGUUGUUUGAAAUUUGUUGCCUGAUCGGUUUUGUAGAUUCAAUCCAACUCUCUACUCUCAAUGUCUGUAAAUUACAUUUUUGUUUAUCUUUAUAACAUAUUGUGAUUGUUUCUA